AUGGCGUCGUCGCGCAUCUUGCUGAGUGCCUGGCUGCUGUUCUCGGUGGUCCUAGCAGCGACCUACAGUGGAAAUCUAAUAGCAUCCAUGACUGACGGGAGACAGAAACAACCGUUCUCCAACCUGGCAGAGUUGGCCCAGCAGGACACUUAUCGAUGGGGACUCGUCGGACGAUCAUUCUUAGAGACGCUCUUUAAGGAUUCUAACCGCAGCGAGUUUCAGGAAAUAUGGCAGGGCAUCGAGAGCACAAGUUCCGAUGUUGAUUCGCACUUGCGUCGUGUUCUGAAUGGUCAAUAUGCUUUCAUUGGCGAAGAUAUAAUCUUUCAAACAUGGCGAUCUAACAGUUGCGACUUACAGUUUGUGAAAGAACAAUUCUACCUACAACAAGCUGCAGUGGGUCUUCCUAACAACAGUGCUAAUACCAAGAUCUUCUCAAAUGACAAAUGGGUUCAACUUGAGAGGGCCACCAUCAGGAGCACACAUGACGAGGAAAUGAGGCCAAUUGUCAGGGCUGGCUCAUUGGGUGGAGACCAACUUGAUGGAGCAAAAAAGGCAGGUGAUGUCCAGAUGGAGAUCGCCAAGGAUGAUGCAAUCUCGUUUGUUAAGCUGCUUUCGGUGAGCGGAACCAGGUGCACACGGGAGCUACAUGAAAGUCCACCAUUUGUGUUCCGAAGAGAGAUGAAUGAUUCUAUCAUCUUCAGUGGAGUUUCUAUAGAUCUACUAAACGAACUAGCACGGAGGCUAAAUUUCAGUUACACCACUGUGGAGCCAGAGGAUGGUGAAUGGGGGGCUCACGUCAACGGAACAUGGACGGGUCUAAUUGGGAUGCUUGUGGAAAAGAAAGCAGAUUUGGUUCUUGCACCCCUUGCAGUCAUGAAAUCCCGAGAGGAAGUUAUAGAUUUCACUGUUCCCUACUUCUACACCAACAUGGGCAUCAUCAUACAGACGCCAUCAGCAACAACAUUGCUGACGCUUGUCUCCCCCUUCCAGUACAUGGUCCUAAUAUGUAUAGCUAUAUCUGUCGUUUUGACAACCGUUUUCCUGCUCUUCAUGGAGAUGAUGAGUUCGAACAGGCCAGUUGACAACUUGAGGUAUUAUGGAGAUGCAGUCUUUCACGUGUUUGCCGCCCUCAUGUCUAAAGGAAGCAAUUCUAUACCGUCGGCGGUGUCGUCGCGCAUCCUGAUGAGUGCCUGGCUGCUGUUCACGAUGAUCCUUGCAGCAACUUACAGUGGAAAUCUAAUAGCAUCCAUGACUGACGGGAGACAGAAACAACCGUUCUCCAGCCUGGAAGAGUUGGUCCAGCAGGACAAUUAUCGAUGGGGACUCGUAGGACGAUCAUUCUUUGAGACGCUCUUCAAGGACUCGAAUCGGAGCGAGUUUCAGGCCAUAUGGCAGGGGAUAGAGAGCAGCAGUGAUGGAGGUCCGGAAGCAGAUAACUCCGAUAUUGCUGUCCACUUGCGUCGUGUUCUGAAUGGUCGAUAUGCUUUCAUUAGCGAUGAAACGAUCUUUAAAAUAUGGCUAUCCGACAGUUGCGACUUACAGUUUGUGAAAGAACAGUUCUUCCUACAACAAGCUGCAGUGGGUCUUCCCAACAACAGUGCAAACACCAAGAUCUUCUCAAAUGAGAUUUUGCAGAUAUAUGAAAAAGGCCUGGUACGCCACUGGUACGAUCGAUGGAUGACCAAGAACCAAUGUGAAGAACAGAGGAGACGGCCCUACAGAGUUAAUCUGCUGGCCUUACAAAGCCUCUUCUAUGUGUGUGGGGUUAGUGUCGUCCUGGCUGGGAUUGUGCUUGUUGCUGAAAUCAUGUAUAGUACAAGACGUUGUAAGGGCAGUAGUACAGCUCAUGCUACUGGAUAG